AUGCAGCGCAACGGCUCGGCCGAGUCCAAUCCGUGGGAUGCAGAGCCGUCGUAUGCACAGCGCAUAUCCACCUACCAUGCGGAUCAGCAUCGCUCCUACGACCAGCAGAUGCAAGACGUCCUCGACUCGCCGCCCACACAGCCACCAAAUGGCCUGCAUCACGAUGCCCUCCCUUCCACCAGCAAAGAUGCAGCACAUGACGAUCUCGACGACGACGAUGAUGAUGACUUUGUCUACGCCGGCAUCGACACCGCCGCAAACAUCCACACAGCAACGCCGGACGACAGCAACGCAUCCAUCGACUUGGGCUCCGACUCGUACAGCGCCCGUAUGAAGGACAUCCUUGGCAGCGAUGAUGAGCAGCAGCUCGACGUGGCUGACGCCGACGACCAACACGCCGGCUCCAGUGAUCAUGCAGCUGCGUCUUCUCCAAGAACGCAGAGGGCAUUGCCGCUGCCUGCCGACGGUGACCAAUCGGCGGAUGCGCCUCCGAGCGACAGCGGAUCUUCAUUUCGGUAUCCGCACCCGCUUCCCAACGACGUCAGCUUCGACACGCGCUCCGCCUCUUCGCUUCAGAACCGCCAUCCGCUCUCGUCCCUGCCGUCGUCCUCGCGCAUCUUUACGCCCAGAUCCACCUCCGCAAAUGGCCUUUCGCUCCUUCGCCAGUCGCACACAAUGACAUCGGCAUCCACUCCCCAGCGCCCAAAUGCCUAUCCAUCGCUGUCUCGCCUCCGCGCCACCGUCGGCAGGUCCACCACGGCGGCUCUUGCAGUUCCGGCAUUCGCGCAGCUGCAGUCCAGCACCUCGCCGCUCCGCACUCCGGGCUCGCCUUCGUCGUCGUCUCCCAGACGCAAACCGCGCUCGCCCCUGCCUCCAGACUUCUUCGCCCCGGCGCCAAUAUCGUCCAGAGAUGACGACGCCAGCAGGUCAGCAAUGGCGCACUCGUCCACGCCACAACGCUCGCGCCAGAGCUCCUUCUCCACCAGCGUCAGCGGCUCCGUCCUGGGCACCACCAAGUGCCGUCGCGCACGAGCUUCCUUCCCGUACGGCGGCACACUCACAAGUGCCACCUUGCCACCGGCGCAAAGCGAGGUCUCGCUUCUCAGCGACCGCUCCUUCCCCUCUUCAGCACAGCGCGGUGCGAAGACAGUCCAUGAGCAACAGCAUGCACCCUCUGAGGACGCAGAAAAGAGGCCAGAGCUCAAGGAGACCAUGCUCAACGAGCGCGACGAGCUGGCUCGCGACUUUGUCCAGUGGUCCGUCCUGCGCCGCGUCCUCGCUGCUGCCAAGUCGGCCCCAGACGCCCCGGACCCGAUUCCCACCGUGCUGGCGGUGGCGGGAGGACUCAUCGCUGUCGGAACGCAGGGUGGCAAGACCGUCGUAUGCGACCUGGCUCAGGAUCCCAUCGCCUCGUGCGGUCACGACGGCCGCGGCCACGGUGAUGCCGUCACCGCGCUUGCCCUCUCGUCCGACCACUCGUUCCUGGGCGUAGGCCAUGCCUCGGGCAACAUCUUUCUCUACGAUCUCUCCCAUCCAGCUCGUGCCGCGCGUCAUGUGCCGCCCGUGCCACUCUCCUCCGUCAAGGCGGGCAAGAGGGAGGGCCACCUGUCCGGCUCGGCCAUCGUACACAUGGGCUUCGUCGGCCUCCGCCACACCGCCAUCGUGUCGGCCGACAACAAGGGCCUUGCCUUCUACCAUGCGCUCGGCAAGGUCCUCGGCGUCAGCUCCAACGACACCCUCCGACUGCUCGGCAAGUAUCCGCAGUACGAGCAUGAGGACGAGCUGGGUCUCGCAGAUGCCAGGAGCAGAAGCGUCAUCUUUCAGCUCACACCGCUGCCGCUCGGGCCCAGACCGCAUGCGGCCGACGAGACCACUUUCAUCGCCAUGAUCACCCCCGCCAAGAUGGUCUUAGUCGGGCUCAAGCCUACGCCAAGAACCUGGUACCGCAAGGUCCACACCACCAAACACGCCGAGAAGGGCGGCGAGGGCGUCGUGGCUGAUGAGGCUGCGCAGUCCCAGCAGCCAGGGUGUCUGGCAUGGUAUCCGGCUUCGACCGAAACAGACGGCAAGAGGAAGAGGCAGACCAAUCCGGUGCUCGCGUUUUCGUUCGGUCGAAACUUGCAUCUCGUCAGGCUCGUCGUGCGCAGGAUCGAACGGCGUCCAGAUGUUCGGACGGCGCGCAACGGGGCCCUGCCGCCGGCGGAGGUGGUUGACGAAAUCGAACCCGUCGAACUCACCGGCGAACAGGGCAUCGAGGAGCCAGACGGAAUCGUCGCACUUCAGUGGUUCAGCCCGGAUCUGCUCAUGCUCACCACGCGCACCGGGCUCGCGCUGUUCGAUUGCCGGGCCGGUAAAGUCACGGAGCGCAUGCGCAACGGAAGCGCAGCCGUUGUUCUGGCGAGGACCGUCGAGCAAAAGUCGCUCGAUGCGGUGCUUCUCGGCAAGCCAUACGAUCCGCACUCCGAGACCCCCGAAGCAGAGGACCAGGGUCAGGCAGAAGAGCGACAGCGCUCGUGGGCGGUGAAUCACAGCAUCCGCGUCUCCAAGGGUCGCUCGUUCUUCCUCACCACCACCGAUCUUGUGGUGGGCACGUUGCUGUCGUGGGCCGACCGGCUGCUGCUCUACGUCUCGCGCGGCGACUUUCUCUCGGCCAUCGAGCUCGCCACGCUCUUCCACCAGGGCCGCUUCCUCGGCUCGGCGGUCGGGCUCCCGUCGGACCCGGGCGAACGCACGCGCAUCGUGGCGGACAAGCUGCACGAACUCAUGGCCGCCUCGGCCCAAUACGCCUUCUCGCCCGAUAGGCUCACGGACGACACCCAUGUCACCCCGGACGGCAGAGGCGUCGACCGCACCGAGCUGUUUCAGGGCCUGGCGAGCGUGUGCGCGCGCGCGUGCCUGUCGCUCGGCAAGCUCGACUUUCUCUUCGAAACGCUCUACGACAAGUACGAGGACAACGGGAUCGAGGCGAUCUUUGUCGGGCAGAUGGAGGACUUUAUCGUCUCGGGCGAGCUGAGCAGCUUGCCGAUUCCGGUGGUGCAGAGGCUCGUGGCGUUCAGACGGGAUCGCGAGGAGUAUGAUCAGGCAGAACGCAUCAUCUGGCACGUGGAUCCCAAGUCGCUCGAUCUCGACCAGGCGCUCUCGCUGUGUCUCGACAGGAGGCUGUACGACGCCUUGAUCUACGUGUUCAAUGCGGCGCUCGACGACUAUGUCUCGCCGAUCAUCGAGCUGCUGCACCCCGUGCGCCGCGCGCUGGGGCGGAGGUGGAAGGAGCAGCAUCUCGUCAGCGAGGAUGAGGCAAGUGCAGACACUGAUCCGUAUGCGCAUAUCCGAAUCCAGGACCAUGAUGCCGAUGCGGCGGUUGCUAGCCCAGCCGUGGCGGAUUGGGAGGCGGCGGAGCGCGAUCUCGAGGACGGCUAUCGCGUCUUCUCGUACCUCUCGGUGGUGCUUACGGGCAACCGGUAUCCGAGCCAGGAGCCGUUCGAGCACGCCGAGCAGGCGGACAAGGCCAAGGGCUCGAUCUACAACUUUGUCUUUUCCGGCAGCUGUAUGCUGUGGCCGCCCGGCCCGGGCGGACGGCUGGUGCUGUACGGCCUGCAAGACCGUCCGGACGAGCCGGAGCACGUGGGCGACACUGCGGAGCACGAGCCGAUCUACCCGUACCUGCGGCUGCUGCUCGAGUUUGACGCCGAGGCGCUGCUGGAUGCGCUCGACCUCGCGUUCGAAGACGGCUUUCUCGACGACGAGGAUGUGGUGGGCAAGCGGAUCAGCCGGCAGCUGGCGGUCGAUGUGCUGCUCGAGCUUGCCGGCUCGCAGGGCGCGUCGGAUAGGCGAGCGCCGGCGCUGCCGCUGACGGCGCGCGUGUUUGUGCACAUCUUUGUGGCGCGCAACGCACCCAAGUAUCCGCAGUUCAUCCACCUGCCGCAGCAUCACGUCGACCAGCUGCUGCGGUCGCUCGCCAUCCCGCUGCACGACGGCGACGGCGACGUGGACGAGGUGGAGACGGUCGAAUCGACGCGCGCCGACCGCGAGCUCGCAGCAGAGUGCCUGCUCUCGCACUACAAGCCGCGCUUCGACGAUGCGUGGCUCGACACGUUUGAGCGUGCCGGCUUCGGCCGCAUCCUCAGGUCGGCGUUCCGGCAGGAGGACAAGUGGGACCGGCUGCUGGGCAUGUAUCUGCGCGACCACCUGCAUGGCGGCGCACUGGCGAGCCAGUUGGAUCCCGACGCGCCUGACGACCAAGGGCCGGGAGAUGCAUUCGCGCACUUUGAGGAGACGCUGUUCAACGCCUCGCGACGCAACACGCGCGGGAGAAACGAGCUCGUGACGCGGCUGCACGAGCAGCUGGUGGACCACAUCGCGGAGCUGCUGGAUCUGGAUGCACUCAAGACCGCCGCGAUGCUCGACCGGUUCCAUCCGGACCGGCACGCGCAGGUGCUGCAGCGACUCGCGCAGCUCGAUGACAAGCGCCACCUGCUGUAUCUGCAGUGCUUCUUUGAGCCGAUGCAUGUGCGCAAGGCCGUUUCUCAGCCUCGGUCGGAGGAGCUCAGCAGCGAUGGAUUGGAUUGGGUGGAUCACAAGCCAGUGGAUGGCGCCGACGCAGGGGCGUACAGUGCCGAUGGGGGUCGGGCGGAUGCGGACCACCUCGACGCGUGCGAGCGUCAAGUGUACCUGGACCUGCUGCGGCGGUACGAGCCGGCGGCCGUGGUGCGCAAUCUGGACGCACGGGCGCCGGGGUACUUUGACUUGGAGCAGCUGGUGCGCGCGUGCCGCGACGCCGACGGGAAGGACUCGCGCGUGGCCGCCAACAGCGAUGCACUGCUGUGGGCGCUCGACCGGCUCGGGCGGCCAGACGAGGCGUUCGAAGAGCUCGAUGCGGCGUGUGUGCGCACUGCGCAGUCGCUCGUGCUCGUCGCCGACGCGGCCGCAGCCGAGGUGCUGCUGGCCGACGUGCGGCGGUGCAUCGAGGUAGCUGUACGGCUGUGCAUCGAGCGCGCGAAUGCAUUCGGCGGACACGAGAGCGACGACGACGCCCCAGCGCCGGCUGCGCUCGAUACGGACGAGGUGUGGUUCAGGCUGCUGCGCAGCAUGGUUCGUCUCGUACACGAUGUAGCGCACGGCUCUUCGCGUCGCGACGACCCGGGCUCGAAGGGUGAGGAGAAGGAUCUGCUGAACGGCGUGCGCGAUAUUGUGCAGGACACGCUGUCGGAUCUGAUCUCAUCGACGGCUGCCGAGGCGGUCUCGUUCCCGGCGCUGUUCCGGCGGCUGACGACUCCCGCGGAGGAAGGGAAGCAGGGAGGUGCCGAGUACUAUGCCGAGAUCCGGGGGGUGCUGGAUGGCAUGCUAUCGGCCUACCACCUGCGUGCCGAGCUGCUGGGGAUCACCAACAAGCUGUUUGAGCGCGACACGUUCCGGCAGUUCCGCAAGCUGCAUGCGCAGCGUCGGCACGGCUGGCGGCCGUCGAUCGGCGUCGGUGCACGCUGCGCCUCGUGUGGAGUGGUGGUGCUUGGACCCAAGCGUGGCUCGACUGGUGCUGCCGAGGUGGAUGUGGGUCGCGAGGAGGUGGGCGGUGCCAUGCUGACGCCGCAGGUGGUGCAGCAUCGGCGGGCCAAGUCGCCGUACGACGGCAAGGCGGCACCGCUGGCAUCGCCGCGCAUGGACAAGGGCAAGGGCGUGGUGCGCUCGGCGUCGAGCGAGAUCCGCGCAGGCGCGGAUGAUGUGGAUGGCUACUUUGCGCCGAGCCGCGAGAUGAGCCGGAGCUCUUCGUGGGCCAACGGCGGCGCGAGCGCACUCAUGACGCGCACCAAUUCCACCGCCAGCAUUGCGAUCCGGAUCAAUGACGAGCCGCCCAAGACACAGGAACCCGAACAACACGAGGAGACGGAGGAAGAGGAAGAGGGGGAUGCAACGCUGACGGCGGCGCAAUUCAUGCCCGCCUGGCAGGAGGAGGAAGGGGAGGAGAGGAGGCAGCGCAUCGUGGUGCAAAAGUGCGGCCGAGUGUUUCACGAGAGCUGCUGGCACAAUCGCCGCGCGAUGUAA